CGUCUCCACUCUGCUUCUUCCACUGCCACUUUCACCGUCAGUGCCGAUAAAAGCCAAAGCCAGAUUUCUUCUCUCACAUAACCCAUAUGCUCCUAUUUUGGAAGCAUAUCUCUCACGCCAAAAGGCUCUUCUAAAUUUAGCAACAGAGCAACAACAAACAAAGGAAAAAUCAAUCAAUCAUGGUGACGAGUCUUCACUACUAGACGAAAGAAACAGAAGGAUAAGCUCUUCUUGAAAUGGUGUCUCCAGAGGUCUCUCAGUUCCAAUCCUCAGCACCCAUGGCAAAACACAGCGCUCGUACCAAGACGUCGUCGUUUCUCGCCGACGGGAUUCUCUUCGUCGGCGGGGUUAUGGUUGUUCUUUUAGCGGUUUGGGCUAUCUGGUCCUUCGUAAAUCCUAAUCCUAACCCUAACCCUGGUUUCUCAACCCUAGUCGAAGAAGGAAAGUCGGACGGCGUAUCUCAAGAAGAUUGCGCCAAGGGUGCGCAGGGUGUUAACCUGCGCGACGACCCGCCCGACCCAACUUUCUACGACGACCCGAAACUGAGCUACUCGAUAGGCACGCCAAUGAAAGACUGGGACGAGAAGAGGCGUGAGUGGCUGGAGCACCACCCGUCAUUCGCCGCCGGAGCAGCGGAGCGGGUCUUUGUCGUGACAGGAUCACAGCCGUCCCCGUGUAAGAACCCCAUCGGUGACCAUCUGUUGUUGCGAUUCUUCAAGAACAAGGUUGACUACUGUCGAAUCCACGGCUACGAUAUCUUCUACAACAACGUGUUGCUGCACCCGAAAAUGUUCUCGUAUUGGGCCAAACUACCCGUGGUCCGAGCGGCGAUGCUGGCUCACCCGGAGGCCGAGUGGAUCUGGUGGGUCGACUCGGACGCAGCCAUCACCGACAUGGAGUUCAAGCUGCCCUUGGAAAGGUACAAAGACCAUAACCUAGUGGUCCACGGUUGGGCCAAGCUCGUCUACGAGACCAAGAGUUGGGUGAGCCUCAACGCCGGUGUGUUCCUCAUCCGGAACUGCCAGUGGGCCCUGGACUUCAUGGAGGUAUGGGCCAGCAUGGGCCCACAGACCCCAAACUACGAAAAGUGGGGCCAAACCCUCCGAUCAACGUUCAAAGACAAGAUGUUCCCGGAGUCAGAUGAUCAGUCGGGUCUGGUUUAUUUGCUUUUGAAACAGAAGGAGAAAUGGGCGGACAAGAUUUACUUAGAGGGUGAGUAUUACUUUGAAGGGUAUUGGUUGGAGAUAGUGGGAACACUGGGCAAUAUCAGUGACAAGUACGUGGGAAUAGAGAAAGGGGUGCGCAGGUUAAGGAGGAGGCACGCCGAGAAGGUGAGCGAGGGCUAUAGUGCGCUGAGGGAGGAGUAUCUCACGGAGGCUGGUAAUGGAAGGUAUAGCUGGCGGAGGCCCUUUAUCACACACUUCACGGGGUGUCAGCCGUGCAGUGGGGCCCACAAUAAGAUGUAUACUGGUGAUACUUGCUGGAAUGGAAUGCAGAGAGCUCUGAAUUUUGCUGAUAAUCAGGUGCUUCGCAAUUUCGGUUUCAUGCACCCGGAUCUACUGGAUUCAUCCACCGUGUCACCUGUGCCGUUCGAUUUCCCGGGACAUGAUGAGGAUUGGUAUUAAGAGCUCAUGAUGUUUCAUCUACAAAACCGCGAGACGGGGGAUUCUCUUUGGUGUAUGGUGUAGUUCCGGGAGAUGACAAUCUCACAAGUGACCACAUGAAAUUCGGGAUGCUGACUAUGGAUUUACGUCUGGUUUUCUGGAUUACUUACCUAAGGUAGUAGGUUUUGCUUUAUUAACAUAUUCAUAUGCAAGCUUCUUGUGCCAAAUGUGAGCUUUUGUGGUUUGUUUGACACCUUUAUCUCUCUCUAGGUUUUCCCUUUCAUCUACCUUCUAGAGUGUGGUUGUGUUGCGCUUUAUGAGAUGUCUAUAAUUUUAGGAAUACAUUGAUCUUGCAUAAAUUUACUGUCUUUUUGCGACUCAGACAUGAUUUAUUCA